AUGGAGACGUUCUCUUCGACUUCGAUUAAGCUUACUCGGGAGGCGUUGAAGCUCUCAGAACUCCAUAUUGCGACUCUCAAUGGCGACCUUCAACAUGUGAGAGAGCUCCUGAAGAGCACCUCCACGUCACCUGGCGGUACAAGAAAAGUUAUCGAAGCGCGCGACCGACAUGGGACAACACCACUCAUGACAGCCGUUCUCUAUGGUCGUCUCGCUAUUGCGAAGCUCCUGUUGAGAUAUAGCGCUUCGAGGAAAGCACAAGACCUUCAAGGCCGUGUCACCUGGGAGUACUCGCGCGCUUCAUUGUUCGACCGAAAGCCAAAGAUUCGUCGAAUUGGCAAUCACCACUACUCGCGCAGCCGACUGCACAAGCGUGCCAAGGACCUGGUCAUUCUCAAGCCUGUAGGUGGCUUCGAGACAUUCAAGCCAGGCAAAGAGGGCAAUGAGCUUCUUAGUACAACCGCGGGCUUCAUAGCCUCUGCCACCACUUCUCCCAAAGAUGUGAAGGUUGAGCAGUUUGCAGUCAGCGGCUGGAAGCCAAAUCCAGGCCGUGGUCCUCGGGUUCUUGAUAACGUUGUCUUGACAGAGCGGGUUAGGGAUGUUAUUCACCUCCAUGGCCUCAAGGUUCGUGCGUCCCAGCGGGACAACGGCAACCAGACUGCUUUGCCCGAGCAUAAGGGCCGAUUUGCGGCAUGCCAUGUUGAGAAAAAGCUCGCCGUCUGGUGGGUAAUGAAGGCCCUAAAGGAAGUCUUCAACACGUCAGAUAUUGAGCGCCUGAGGGAGCUGCGAGGGGCAGAUGUCCCCAACUACUACCGGGAGGCUAUGCUCUUUCUUGACCACGAGCCGUGCCAAGAUUGCUGGGACUUUUUGCACCAGCUGAAGCGGAUCACUGGGAUCCUAAUAUGUGUCGAGUCGAUAUCAUUUUGCGUCACGGGGGUGUCCAAACUGUACAUGCCAGAAAUGUACCAGCCAAAAGGAAGCACAGAUGAGUCGCCCAUCUUCCGACUCGGCAAUCCAACAAGACGACGAAGACAGCGAUGCACGGACACAGAGACUCGGCCAUCAGAGGAUGACAUGCAACUGCCGCUCAUUCAAUCCGAGACAGAGCUAAAGGGGACUGAAGACAAAGGUGUUCGCCAACCUCAUUCUCGUAGCCAUGGUGGGAUUUACAAUGGGACUGCAGCCCCUGAUACUACUGUGUUCCCAUCCACAGAUCUUAGACCAGUAGCAAAGCCACUGAACAGAAUCCAGAAGAACAUCGAGGCCUCUUCUAGACGGAUCUGUGAUGCAGCUGAUCCUAGUAAUGGAGCAGUCCUUACCUUCUCGCUCCCACACCGACCUGCUUUCAAAAGCCCUGUGUCAUCUCCUGGCUCUGAAGUCCCUGGCCGAACGCAGAGUGUUGACCCCGUGUCAACUAUGGGCGGGCAUUCAGCCUACUUUGAAGAUGACGGGCAUGAAUCCGAUACCGAGUCUCCUGUCGCCCAUACGAGCCCACCCCAAGCCUCUCGACAGCCACUGCUUCACCCCAUUUACCGCUCCCAAGUCUCCCUCAAUCUUGAGCGGUUUACAUAUGCUGGAGCCGCUACUUCAGAGGCGCCGGAAUCCUUGCUUUCCGCACAGUUGAAGAAGGGCCGCGUUGGCACCAUCAAGGACAACGACGUUGACGUCGUGGGCGGAACCAACGACAAUGGAAGUAAGCCUGACGUCCGCACGACCCGUGGCAAGCCCAAGACAUCUAUAGGUCGAAGGGGGAAAUCCAACCCUAGAAAUAGAAGGGAAGUUCGGCGGGAAUCGAGCUUCAGGUCUAGGAGCACAUUCGCAAGAGCAGUUGCUUCUCGGUUUGACUGACUGUUUUGCUUUGUCCUGUUUGUGUGUUUUUUCCAUUUUCCUUUGCUUCGUUGUGUACUCUACCUUUUGUCGAGACUAUUACGGCAAGUUGGUGGGCUUUUUGCGCCGGUGCUCAGCGAUGGGCUUUUUGCCGUAAACUCCAAUCCCACGAUUCCAAUGUAAUUUACUGUUGUUGUUUGCAGUCCAUAAAAGGAGGGCCAGGAACAGGAAGUCAGAAG